ACAGUUUGGCUGCUUCACAGGAAAGGAUUGGAGAAGAUAGUGUUUCAAGUGCAAAGAACAACUUGCACAAGGGUAUAAGAAUAUGGACCCUCAGGCUAGUGGUUUAAUGUGCGUAGAUCAUGGGGUAUGAGGUAGAAGUAGAAGGACGUGAGGUAAAAGAUGCGUUGGAGCCCAAUUGUGGAUGGCCUUAGUGAGGGGUCUGAAUUUUAUUUUGUAGGUGCUAUGGAAGAGUUCACAUCACUAUUUAAGAAAAGUAACACUGAUGGAUCAACGGCAAGGUCCUGUAUCCUGUGAUAAACCAUAAUGUGUGAGUGACUGCCUCAUGUCGCGUUGAUGCUGGUCUGCCAUGCUAGCCUGUCUGCCAGGGCCAGGUGACCUGUCCUUUCAGCUUCUUUCUCACACGCAGAUGAACACUGGACUUCAGAAAUGGGACACUACACAGAAAAUGAGAACUGCUCACUAUCCUACCCCAGCCGAAUUGGACGCGUAUGCUAAGAAGGUCGCAAACAACCCACUGACUAUAAAAAUCUUCCCCAACAGUGUGAAGGUUCCCCAGCGGAAACACGUUCGUCGUACUGUGAACGGCCUCGACACAUCAGCCCAGCGCUACAGCCCCUACCCGACUCAGGCUGCCACCAAGGCAGGCCUGCUUGCCAUUGUCAAAGUGCCAGCCAAAAGCAUACUCAAGGACUUUGACGGCACCCGAGCCCGGUUGCUCCCUGAGGCCAUCAUGAACCCCCCAGUGGCGCCCUAUGCUACUGUGGCACCCAGCACUUUAGCCCACCCCCAGGCCCAGGCUCUGGCCCGCCAGCAGGCCCUGCAGCACGCACAGACCCUGGCCCAUGCCCCUCCCCAGACGCUGCAGCACCCUCAGGGUAUCCCGCCACCCCCGGCGCUGUCCCACCCUCAGAGCCUCCAGCAGCCUCAGGGCCUGGGCCACCCUCAGCCCAUGGCCCCAACCCAGGGCUUGGUCCACCCUCAGGCCCUGUCUCACCAGGGUCUCCAGCACCUCCCCACCCCCUUGCUGCACGGAGGCCGGAAGAUGCCAGACUCAGACGCCCCCCCGAAUGUGACCGUGUCUACCUCAACUAUCCCCCUUUCCAUGGCGGCCACCCUGCAGCACAGCCAGCCCCCGGACCUGAGCAGCAUCGUGCACCAGAUCAACCAGUUUUGCCAGACGAGGGCGGGCAUCAGCACUACCUCAGUGUGUGAGGGCCAGAUCGCCAACCCCAGCCCCAUUAGUCGCAGUCUGCUCAUCAAUGCAAGCACUCGGGUGUCGACCCACGGCGUCCCCACACCAAUGCCUUCCUGUGUGGUCAAUCCCAUGGAGCACACCCACGCGGCCGCAGCCGCACUGCCUGCUGCAGGCCCUGUCAACCUGCCCACGGGUAUCUCUCGAGCCCCCACUGGCUACCCUAGCGACCUCAAGCCAGUCGCCUGGAACCAGCACCAGCUGGCCCACCUACAGCAGAUGUGCAGUGAGGCCGGCGGGACGCCGGCCCCUGGCCUGACAGGCAAGCAUGCGGCAGGACGCGAGUUGGCGGGGCCUGGCUUUGUGGGCAAGGCCCCUGCCUACCCGCAGGAACUCUGCCUGGCGCAGGCUUUCCAUCUGAAGCCACCCCUGGAGAAGCCAACCCCGUCCCCACCAGUCAACGGCCUGGCAGCCCCACUGGCCUACCCCAAUGGUCACUACUUCCAGCCCCUGUGGAACAACAUUCUGCCCACUCCCAAUAGCGACAGCUCGGGGUCUCAGGACCUCGCCAUGCCGUUCCACAGUGGGCAGCCUGCGGGCGCACCCCUCGACUGCGCAGCGGCGGCGGCUGGGGCCCACUACCGGGCAGGGACCGGGGGCGGUCCGGUGGCAAGCCAGAACAGCCUGGUGCAGACAGUGGAUUACCUAAGCGGGGAUUUCCCGCAGGCCUGCUUCCGAGACCAGAGCCUGGCCAUGCUGAGCAAGGCCCACCGAGCCCCUGGCAGCCGAGCCCCCGAUCCCACAGAUAGUCGAAAUCUUCAUAUUCAGCACCCUGGGUAUAGAUAGGUAGCCCUGGUGCCCUCCACAAGCUACGCAUCAUACGUCACCCUCCUAGGUUUAGUCCUCCUUUUGAGUAAUUGGAUAGUUUCAGAGUUUCACUGCUCCAACGUGAUCAUUCUUAGAUGUGUAAGAAAGGGAGUUUAGUGGGAUCUAAUUGAGGACAGAGGGGGAUCCUCUUUGCUCUCAUCUUCCCCUCUACCAGCCCCAGCAACUUUUGGGUUUAUGUUGAGACCUCAUCCCAACUUCAGGCUUUUCUCUCCAAUGCCUGCCUAUCAGUGCAGUUCUUCCCCCCACCCCCGGCCAUUUCCCACCAGCCCCCUUUUGUCUCUUCCUGCACCUCUCACUGUUUCUCUUUGGACUGAGGUGUGGGCUAAGGGAAGGGCCCCCUAGGUCAGGUAGCUGUCAGUGCCCAGCCACCUAAGCUAGGUCUCUCCCUGUCUGUCUCUCUCUCUGGGACUAAGAAGCCAGACCUCCCAAGUGCUCUGAAAGCCAAUUCCUUGUUUACCCAAAGACCUCAAAUCAAAACUGGCCCAGUCUGCAUCUCCUCCCGCCCCUCUCCUUUCCUCAAGGCUUUUGUUUUACAUCUGCAUUGAUCCCAGAGCCACUGCACUUGUCCUUGCCACACACCUCAAGGGCAUCCUGCACACACAUGGCCAUAGCCUUGAGACCGAGGGGAAAAAAACCUGUUUGGAGUGAUACCUUGGUUCCUGACUCCCUUUCCCUGCCUAGAGAAAUGCCGAGACCACCCAGCAUACCCAAGAUCUUUCUUGCUGCUGUCUCUCUCCCAAGUCAUCUGCUGCCCUCAUCCCCCACUCCCCCCUCAAAAAAAAACGCAAAACAAAACAAGUCUUUCUUGAGGGAUUAGGUAGUAGGUAUGGGAUGAUCACAUUGGAGUUUGGAAUUAAAAACACUGAAAAAAAAAAAGUGCAUUUGGUUCUCUCUACACUGGCUAAGAAUAUUGCUCUAUGCUGUAAGUUUUAAACGUCCUGUUUCUGUAUGAAUGUAGUGUGGGUUUGAGUAGCAAUGUGUGUGAGCGGCCCCACAGGUGCAUUCACUGUCUAGUCACCUUUCGCAGCCCCUCAGUUUAAUGAAGAAGAAAACACAAAGCCUUAAGCUCUUUGAGUUCUCCUUUACCAAACGAGCGUGGUUCUAACAGCUGGAGGUGGGCCUCUCGGAAACAGCCCCUCUGCCCCUCGCCCUUUCUUCGCCUGCUCCAUGCUCCAGGUCUCAUUCCCAGGUGCCCAUUAGCUGGCUAGAAAUUUAAAACUUUUCUGUAACUUUAAACUUUUAGAUUAUGUUUUGUUGUAAUGUUUUGCACCCUUCUUUCUGUUGAAGAUGCAUAGUUGGGCUCUUUUUUUUUUUUCUUUUAAACCAAAUAAGCCCUACCCUUUCCUCUUGUCUCUGGGGAAUGUGAGCUGAUGUUCUUAUUUAAGAUUUUGGGUUUUGUUGUUUACUAUACUAUCCACUGUUCUUUAGCCAGAAAUUCUCUAGUGAUCUGAAGCAAUGUGACUGAAGACCAGUUUUUAAAUUAUGUGUUGGCAAGUUGCCUUAUAUUUAAAAAGAAAAAAAAGGAAAAAAAUGCCUGAUUGUGUUAUGCCAAAUGAUAGCAACAGGAAGUCCUAACUCAUUGUUCCCAGUGGUUUUCCUGCCGUCUGUGCACACUGGCACCUCCCUGUCCUGAGCCCCCCAGGAGCACCUGCAGCUUCUGGUGCGAUGCCUUCUCCCUGUGUGUUGGCCACCAUCUCACCCAGAGGCCCCUUCCAGUUCUCGCUUCUCUGAGUUAAAUUCUCUGAAUGAACACCAUUGUCUCCCCUUAUCCCUUGCUUGAUCUCCAAACCAGAUAUUUUUGCUGUAAUUU